AUGUGGGUGACUCUGUCCGAUGUUAGUGAGGAUUGUUUGUAUUUGAACAUAUGGACUCGGGUGAGCAAUCUGACCGUUCUGGAGGACCACAUGCCCAUGCUCGAGAGCAGUGCCCUGUUCGGACCGAAGGGCGGGAGACCGGUCAUGGUCUGGAUUCACGGAGGCUCACUCACACGAGGGUCAAUCUCGCAGGAAGUUUACAAUGGAGCAUAUCUGGCCAGUAUGGUAAGCUGUUUUGGCUCUGUGUGA